CAACUCUCAUUGUUGAUUCUUAUCAACCCUCAGAUGCAAAACCGACAGUCACACUGGAGCAGAAUCCGGCACAUAAUUUGAUGCACUCUGAGGACUCGGUGUCCUUUAACUGUCACGUUAAUGUUUCCUCUGGAUGGACAUAUUGGUUUGUGCUUCCAGAUGGCAGUGAGUUAGACUUAUCUGUAAGCAAACACAACAUCACUUCUGUGGCAACAAAAGACUCUGGUUCAUAUAAAUGCAAAGUUAGCAGAGGAACAGAAAGGGUCUUCGAUUCAAGCUACAGUAACAAAAUAAAGCUCAGCGUUGAAGAGCGCCCAAAGGCUUCUAUAGUCCUGCUAACUGGCUGGUCAGACGUCUUCUCCACUGAUAGCUUGAGUCUAAAAUGUGAAGUAAAGGAGAGCACGCACAACUGGAUGCAUUACACAUGGUUCAAAGAGGGGGAACGAAUCGAUUCAUUCAAUGUGACACAUACAGUAACUCCCAGCAAUGACCCCGACCAGAGUACUUACACCUGCUGUGCACAUGCUGAUGAGAGACCCUUAUACUCAAAAUCCAGUGACUCCUUCAAGACCAAGAACCUUCUGUUAAAGAGGCGGGUGCUUCUUUCCAUCUCUGGCUGCAUCGUCUUUGGUAUCGCUGCGGUCUUGAUAGGAUGCGUGGCCCUGAGAGUCUUCCGCAAACCAAGUAUGCUUUCUUAUCUUUUUGACUGUGCAAAUUCUAAAACUCUGUAAGAACCAACAUCAGAACUUUUAGAAUGAAUGAAAGUGAAAUAAAAAACCUUUAGAAAAACGAUUUGCACCUAAAUCUGCAGCUGCAUUUGGUUGGACAGGUGCAGAAAUGUUAUCUAUUCAGCCUGCACUUUUACCCUCGCACUGCUCUCAAAGUGUCUUUCUUGGGCAUCUCUCCCACU